UUUUAGGAACGAAAUCCAAAAUUCAAAAAUCAAAAAACCCCAAAAAAGGAUUAUAUAAAAAGUUAGAGAGAGAAAAAAAAAAAAGUUGUAAAAUUUUGAAGAUAAACCAUUAACUCACCCACCUAUCCCGCCCUUGAAUUAGCCUUUCUUUUAGUGUUCUUUCUCCUCUUCUUUUUUCCCCAACUCCUACCCACCUUCUUUUUCUCUCUCUUCUUUCUCUCUAAAAUUAUUUCUAACUCUCUUCUUCUUUCUUCCAACCCACAAUUUUCAUUUUCAUUCAUUCAUUCACAAGGGGUAUAAUUACAAAAAAUUUGUGUGGUAUAAAAAUGGAGUGCAUGGAAGCCAGAGCGCUAAAAUCGAGCUUUUCGUCGGAACUAGCCAUGAAAACGAGCAACCAACAAAGUAUUUUCGACGAUAUUUGGUGCGUCGCAGGUUUACCAAGCGACGAUUUUUCAAUUGACGAAUUUUUUGACCUUCCAAACGAAGAAAAUAUUGAUGGGUCGUCGCUUUUGGAGGAGGAAGAAGAAAAAGACUCUUCCUCUUUUUCUCUCUCCUCCCAUGACCCUGUUGAUGAUUCCAACGAUAAUUCAACCAAUUUUUCACCGGACCUUGCUAUUCCGGUGGAUGAUGUGCAAGAGCUUGAAUUAUGGUCACAUUUGAUGGACGAUUCUGUCCCUGAGCCAACACUUGCAUGUCCGAAUCCAAUUUUAGACGCGCAGAAAAACAAAACCGGGUUCAAUUUCAUGAACCGGGUUGAACCGGUGAGCAAACCGGCGUUUUAUAGAAUUUCGUGCAUCCCCAACCCAUCGGCGGUUCCGGUGAAGCCGAGGAGCAAACGGUCAAGGUCAACCGGGAACCGGAGUUGGGUAUUUAAUUCACCUUCAAAAACCGAUUCAUCAUCGUCGUCUUCACCGACAUCAUCACCGGUUUCAACACUGUUUUUUCCACCAACGGUUCAGGACAUGGGUGUGCUUUUCAACUUCGGAAAGCCACCCAUGAAAAGACCGAAGAAAAAACCGAUGGUGAAUUCACCGGCCGGAGAAAAUCCUCCGGUUCAGAGAAGGUGUAGCCAUUGUCAAGUUACGAAAACCCCCCAAUGGAGGGCCGGUCCAAACGGUCCGAAAACAUUGUGUAAUGCUUGUGGAGUUAGGUUCAAGUCGGGGCGAUUGUUUCCGGAGUAUAGACCGGCUUGUAGCCCGACUUUUUCGAGCGAGGUUCAUUCCAAUAGCCACCGUAAGGUGUUAGAGAUGAGGAAGAGAAAGGAAACCACCGAGUCAAUCACCGGUUUAGCUCAGACGAUUUUGAGUAGUUAGAGAGAGAAUUAUGAUGAACCGGGUUCGUGAUAAUUGGUUUAUAUAUUAACCCGGUUUAAUUUGUACAAUUUUGGAGGUGGUUGGCUUGGUAGGCAGGUUAGUUGUAACAGAUUUUAGGGGGGCAGUUAAAAUUUUAGUUUUUUUUUUUUUUUUUUUUUUUUUUUUUUUUUUUUUAGUAGUAAUAUUUUUGCUUAGUUUGAUCAAAUUUGUUGUAGUUUCAAUUAAACUAGUUUUACUUCUAUAUUUAAUUUUAGUUUCUUAGGUUUAAUUUGAUUUAUAGUGAGGUUGAAUUUUUUUUUACCUAACUUUUUAAGUGGAGUAUUUGUAUUACUCCUAUUAUAUAUAUAUAUGAAAUACUUUUAUUUA